UUCUUACUCGAGUGUGUUGUGGUUUGGCCAGAAGGCGAACAUUCGAUGCGGGGCCCGUGUUGUUGGAUUUGGAAUUGUAUUCCAUCGGCAAGGAACUGUUGAAGAUUUGUUCCUCAUUGUUUACCUUUGUGUUUUUAUUUUUCCUGGCAAAGCUCGGACUUGAUGGUCGUGGCCGCUGGUCAUCCGAGAAUGUCAUCUAAACGGAAGAGUCCGCCGACGAAGUUCACACCGGACGACCUGAACAAUGGCCACCACAGAACCACCUCUGAUCUUCUGGACAAACAGCACCACCCUUUCCACACUCCCCCCAUUCCAGAAGUCGAAGAGCACCACCACCUUCUGAACAACCAGCAACAACACCCCCCCAGUCUCGGACGACGCAGAGAUUCCUUCGACGAGGAGGAGGAAGAGGAAGGGGUUUCUCUGAUAAACAUGACCCCUUCUCCAAUUGCCUCGGACAGUUGCUCCCCAUCCAGAUUGGCAGACUCGGACAGCGACGCAGAGGGGAGGCUGGAGAUCCCCUCGUCUGCCUUCUACCACCCCAGCCGGAAACAAAGACUCUUGCAGAGCGUGUCCAGGGGGGGGUCGAGACAAGAUUCCGAUUCGGAUCCAAGCUGCUAUAGUGGCAGCGAGUGUGGGCAGCGGUUGACCACAUCGCCUGGACAGUCAUCCUUGAGGGCGAUGGAACCGGCGGCCUCUCCCUGUAGCAGUCACGAAAGUGGCGGGAGAUCUUCCAACAACAGGCGUUCCAUGGACGAUGUCCUGAAAAAACUCACCUCGAAGAUGAGCAGCAGCACCAGCAUUAGUGAAAAUGUACCCGGACAUUAUUCUCCCAUGGAACAUGGCCGGUUCCAACAAAUGGAAACGGGGAGCUAUGCUGGAAUGGGAAGGAAACAAACGAAUGGGAGCGCUGCCGAUUCUAGGGCAGAUUUUGUCCUAAUGGAAAGCGAGGCACUGAGGGAGGCACUCUCUGAUGAAAAAAGCGUCUCUGACAAAGAACGACUCCUUACGGGCAUGAUAAUGAAACUACAACAUCUGAGGGAGCAGUUGGUGCAGCAAGAGCAGCAAAGAGAGGCGGAGCAACAUUGUGAGAGAAACGCCAUUGUACAGAAAGAACGACAAGAAUUAAUCGAAAGGCAGCAACAGCAACUAUUUCAGCAGCAACAACAAAUUCAAGAGCUUCAAUGUCAGAUCAAUGGGCAUCCUAUGGCGAAGGGCGUCUUCCAACCCCUAUUUGAUGCGCCCCAUCCAGCUCUGAGCCCGCCCUCUUCUACAGCCGGACCCCUCAGACCACAGCCCACAUCUGCACCCUCGAGGAGAACACCCGACAACUCGCCGACAAUGGUACCCCUGGCUCAGCCGUGGAUCCCUACCGGCCCGCCGGCCGUAGUAAGUCCCAGCCCAAGCGUCAGCAGUUCCGACCCAGACGCCGAGCCGGACGCUCCUCUCAAUCUAUCCAAACCCAAACACUCCCGAAACUUUUCCAAAAGAUCGAGCAGGAGUCCUCCUAGCGAAAUGAAGAUGCAAGAUGGCGAAGGCAGGUUUUCGCCAACUGCUCUUCAGCACCAUCAGAGGAAUCAGACCCUGGCGGCAGAAAUGGCAGCAAUGGCCCACAUGAUGAGGGGCCACGCAGGCAUGCCGAUGGCGCCAUCACCUUACCUACCGGUCCCAUAUCCAACAAUGCCAAUUCACAUGAGGCCACCAGGUGUCAUUACUCAUCAAGAUAAGGUGAAGGACAGCCUGUCUCCUCCGAUUCCAAGCAGCCACAUUCCCCAGCACGGCGGCGCCUUCCAGAACUUCAACCUGCACAUGUACCUCCAGUGCAUGAACCCUCACGAACCCUGUGAUAUUGCCUCUCCGCCCCACAUGGAAUCCUCCUCGGACAAGAAGCACGAUCCACACCUUGCAUCCUCGCCAAACAAGAUGGUGGGUGCGAAAAUCAUCCGCCAGACGAAGAAAGAGGGCGAAUCCAAACCACACAUCAAGCGGCCUAUGAACGCUUUCAUGGUGUGGGCGAAGGACGAGAGGCGGAAGAUACUUAAAGCGUGUCCAGACAUGCACAAUUCCAAUAUAUCCAAAAUCUUAGGUGCGAGGUGGAAAGCGAUGACAAACAAUGAAAAGCAACCCUACUACGAAGAACAGUCUCGACUGAGUAAGCUGCAUAUGGAGAAGCACCCCGACUACAGGUACAGGCCGAGGCCCAAACGAACCUGCAUCGUGGACGGCAAAAAACUCAGAAUCUCCGAAUACAAGCAGAUGAUGAAAUCCAGGAGACAGGAGAUGCGAACUUUAUGGUAUCGUGAUGGUGGUCUAGGAGUGAUGGAUUCUCCCACGAUGGUCACGCCCACUUCAUCCCUGCUUGCAAUGCCAAAUGUUCCAACGAGUUCCAGCGAGACGACCAACUCUUUGGGAAUGAAACUCCCUCCCUCAAACGGCUCUCUGGAGUCCCACCUGAUGUCUCCAGGUCCUCUAUCCCCAGAGCGAAACUCUCCGGCCCCUCCUCCUACCUCAGCAUCGCACCCCAGAAUCAAAACCGAAGACCACAGCAGUUCGAUAUCCAUGGAGACUUCGACAUAGAGUCGCCUGAGAAUCCUCGUUGAAUGUGUAUAUCUCUAGCAUUUAUCCAUUUGGUGGAUCCAGUUCAGAGAUUUCUUUUCGUCUUGCCACAGAGGUCAUUGGGUCAAGUGUAAAUAAGUGUAAUAUUGGAACUAUGUGUCACAAGUGUACAGAAAGGACUUCAUUUCAUGCCGUGAAAGACUUUUUCCAUGAAGAAAUGCGGAAAAUUCUAUUACUCACGCGGGAUUGGUGGAAAUCUCGCAGUCAAAUUCACACAUUCGAUUGUGGACCAAAACGUAUUAUUUUAGAUAAUAUCCAACUUUUAAAACGCCAAAAUUUUAAUACUCUUUAAUAGACAUGAUGAAUUUAAGUGUUUAAGGGUGGUCGCUGAAUCAACUAUUCCAACAGAGAUAUUAUCAUUCGAAACCUUACUGUUUAGAAUUUUACUUCAAAAUUAUAUUCUAAAAAAGAAAAUGGCAUUCGAAAGUAAGGUUCCCAAAUAGCAAAAAUAUUAACUAGUACUUCAAUUUUAAAGUUUUUGCAACAGUGGAUGGUGCUGAUGCUUCAUUUUAAUAGUAUUUUAUCAAUAAGACCUAUCAAAUUUUGUUACUGACAUUACCAAGUCAGCUACAUGAACCAAAAGUAAAAAUUGUACUUUUAAUUUUCGUAUUGAUGCUACUGUUGCAACUUUUUUAUUAGUUCCAUAUGCAAACAAUAAUAAUAAUAGUAAUGAAACAAUCUCUUUCAAAUAAAUAAAUUAAUUAAGCAUUAAGUUAGGCGUUUUUUCAGCAAAAUUAAACAACAACAUUCUAAUAAAUCCAAGACGACCACAUUGAAAGGUUGCAUGGCAAUAGUCCUAAAUGGAAGCAAACAAGUCUUUAAAAACACAAAGCGUAAAACGAAUUAUUAAAAUAGAAAAGUAUCACAUAUUGUUAAAAGAAAGGCUCAAUUUCGUAGUCUGGACCAGUGUACCACAAAAUGGCGAAGAAAUACUUCUGUGGUAAUACAUUGGAUCUACAUUUCUCCUCUAGCGCAGCGUUUGUUUUGAACUUACAUAACAAUUAUUGCGUUGGUUUUUGCAUUUAUAUUUAGACUGUUUUUGAGUUGUAAUUCUUAAGGAGUGAAAUUUUUCUUUUUCUUUUCAAGAAGACAAAACCCCGAAACUUGUACAGACAAGCAAAUGCAUGCAGUGUCGAUUUUAUUUCACAGAAUGCAACCGAUUCUGUUGUUGGCCAGUUUAUUGCAAAACACAAAGGGCAUUUUAGACUCGAACCAGAUGUGAAUUGCCAAAGGAAGAAGCCCCAAUACCUGAACCUAUGCAGGCUUUCGAAUUCAAUGUGCAAGUACAACUGCUCAAUGUCAACUACCUUCUAGUCUGUGAUUCAAUCAUCUGUUGCAGAGUACUUUUUUUUUCUGUUUUUGUAACAGUAUUAUCGGACGAAGCAAAGGUGGUUUUUGUUUCAUCACCGGAUUUGUACAACGUACUCUUUUUGUUGUUUGGAACUUGAAUAUUUAGAGCUCAUCAAAAAAAAAAAAAAAACUAAUGAAAAUAAACCACUUUUGUGA